CAGCUCGUCAAAAACAGUCGGACGACAACGCGCAUAGGACACACGAUAAUCCAACCACAAAAGACUUGCAGGUGAAAAAUGGCUCGUACCAAGCAGACUGCUCGUAAAUCCACCGGAGGAAAGGCGCCGAGGAAGCAGCUGGCCACAAAGGCUGCCAGGAAAAGCGCGCCCUCUACUGGUGGAGUGAAGAAACCUCAUAGAUACAGGCCUGGUACUGUUGCCCUGCGUGAGAUCCGUCGUUACCAGAAGUCCACUGAACUGCUUAUCAGGAAACUGCCCUUCCAGCGUCUUGUCAGGGAAAUCGCUCAGGAUUUCAAGACGGAUCUGCGUUUCCAGAGUGCCGCUAUUGGUGCUCUACAGGAAGCCAGUGAGGCAUACUUGGUUGGACUCUUUGAGGAUACCAACCUGUGCGCCAUCCACGCCAAGAGGGUCACCAUCAUGCCCAAGGAUAUUCAGCUGGCCAGGCGAAUUAGAGGAGAGCGUGCAUAAAUGACCUGAUUUUAUCUUUUUAGUGUGGGGGGGUGGGAGGGGUUGAUUGGGGUUUGUUUUGUAAAUCUUGGAACCGUUUCCAGCAUGUGUACCUCCUUUUUGUCAUUUGUAGUACCAAGCAUGUUUUGUUUUUUUGUACUUUAUUUGUCAUGUUGCUCUUGACUUUCCCCUCAAUUGUCCUGUCGACUGUAGAAUAGAGCUUCACAUCUGUAAAAUGUAAACAUAAUUCUCUGCCUUUCUCAGGUUUGCAUAUCUAUUUUAGAAUCUGUACUCUUUAAUCCUGUGUGUGCAUGUCAUAGGAUUUCCCGUGCUGUAAAUAAACUUUCCGCUACCUCAAA